UAAAACCUCAAUCGUUUCCAAUCAUUCCUUCAGCCAACUUCAUUAAUUUCAUUGUCGUCUUCAGCUAACGUCGUUAGUUGCUCAAGUUGUUCAAUAUUUUUCUUCUCCUUCAUCUCUUCACUCACUUUCCAUUUCUCUUUCUCUUACCAGUUUCUCACAUUCUCUCACAAGCCAGUCAAGGAACCCUUCCACAUUGUAUUUUUGGGUUUGCUUUUCUUACAUCUUUUGUUUUUUUGUAAAUAUUAAUUUCUAACAAUUUAAUUAUCAUUCAAGCUCACUUGUGUCAACUGGUGGGCUUGUUGAAUCAAUGUUUCUUCAAACACAUGGAGAAGAUUGAUUAGUAUGCUGAAACCGAGGGGAUCAAUUUAAAAGUAUUUUUAAUAAUUCAAUUACCCACAAGCUAUUAUUUUGUUGCUCCUUGCCGUUGAUGAUUCACUUUUUGAGAUCUUACCUUUAUUCUGCAACAAUAAACUCUAUUUAAAUGAAGGAACAAUUCCCGCUAGUGCCAAAAGUAAUCAAUGGAGGCAUUGCCGGUAUUAUUGGGGUUACAUGUGUGUUUCCCAUUGAUCUGGUUAAAACUCGUCUCCAAAAUCAAGAAGUUGGACCUAAUGGAACCAAAAUGUACAGAGGACUAAUGGACUGUUUUCGUCAAACAUAUCAUCGUGAAGGUUUCACCGGGAUGUACCGUGGAUCAGCAGUCAAUAUUUUAUUGGUAACGCCUGAAAAGGCUAUCAAAUUAGCAGCUAAUGAUUUCUUUAGAUAUCGAUUAUGCAAUUCUGCUGGUAAAUUAUCUUUAGGCGCUGAACUCAUAUCUGGCGGGGGAGCUGGUUUGUGCCAAAUUAUCGUCACAACACCAAUGGAGCUUUUAAAAAUUCAACUACAAGAUGCUGGAAGAGUUUCUGCUAAAGGAGUUGAUGGAAAUGUACCAAUCUCAGCUACUAAAAUUGCUAAGGAACUAGUGAAGAAGAGAGGAAUUUUAGGUCUAUAUCGAGGUGCCACUGCAACUAUGUUACGCGAUGUCAAUUUUUCAUUAGUCUAUUUCCCGUUAUUUGCCCACUUGAAUGCUCUUGGCCCUAAAAGACCAGACGGAUCAUCAGUCUUUUGGACCUCUUUUCUGGCAGGAUGUGGUGCUGGCUCAUCUGCAGCAUUCAUCGUUAAUCCGUUUGAUGUUGUCAAGACUCGUCUACAAGUUUUAAAACGAGCUUACGGAGAAAGUACAUACUCUGGAGUGAUAGAUGCUUUUACAAAAAUUUAUCAUAAUGAAGGCUUCUUGGCAUUUUUCAAAGGUGCUGGUUGUCGAAUGAUUGUGAUUGCUCCAUUAUUCGGAAUUGCCCAAACAGUUUAUCUUCUUGGAGUUGCUGAAUAUUUCCUUGGAAUUGAAAGAAGAUAAUUCGAAAAAAUUCAAACAUUUAGCCAUUAAAUCAAUUUUUCCAAUCAAGCCAAUAAUUCCAUUUCAACACAAUCAUAAUCAAACUCAUUCUCACACUGUUUUUCAAAGCACUUUUCUGUUAAUGUUUGCUGCAAAAUUAACCCUCUCAGAAAUUUAUCGAUUCUCGCUGUUAAUUUUCUUCCAUGGUUAGAAAGAUGAUAAUUUAUUGUGGAAAGAAUCAUUUCUUUCUAUAUUCGUUUUCAACUCACACUCUGCAAAUGUAUAGCAAAAUGCACUGUUUAAUCAAAUCAAACAAUGCAUUUAUUCUUUUAUUAAAUAUGUUUGAUUCAUGACCAAUAAUUAAAUUAAACAACAAUGUA